UGUAGUCGUUGGUGUGGGCCGCGUGAAUGGAGCUCCGCGCGUGAGGCAGCGCCUGGCACGGCCCGCGCCAGCGCCAACCUGGGCCCCGGAGCGUGAGUGCGGGCAGCGGCCGUGCGCGUGCGCACUCGCCUUCGCGCGCGGGCAAGCGCCCGACCAUUGGCGCGCUAAGCGGGCGACCGUGCAAGGCGGCCCCGCGCGCCCCGCUGGCCGGUUGUUGCGGGGAGAUCUCCCGCCUGGCGCGGGGGCCCGCGCGGGCAGCCGUGGCGGCCGCCGGAGACCGCAAGGGGCGGCGCAGAGGCGGAACGGGCCGGCCGCGAGCCGCGCAGGAAGCGCCAAGCAUGCCCCGCGACAACAUGGCCUCCCUGAUCCAGCGCAUCGCUCGCCAGGCGUGUCUCACCUUCCGCGGCGGCUCGACGGGCUCCGAAGGGCCGGCGCCGGGCUUCCCGGAGAACCUGAGCCUGCUCAAGAGCCUGCUGACCCAGGUGCGCGCCGAGGACCUCAACAUCGCGCCGCGCAAGGCGCUGCCGCAGCCGCUGCCCCGCAACCUCCCGCCGGUCACCUACAUGCACAUCUACGAGACGGAGGGCUUCAGCCUGGGCGUGUUCCUGCUCAAGAGCGGCACGUGCAUCCCGCUGCACGACCACCCGGGCAUGCACGGUAUGCUCAAGGUGCUGUACGGCACGGUCCGCAUCAGCUGCAUGGACAAGCUGGACACGGGGGCCGGGCAUCGGCGGCCGCCGCCAGAGCAGCAGUUCGAGCCCCCGCUGCAGCCCUUGGAGCGGGAGGCCGUGCGACCGGGCGUGCUGCGUUCCCGGGCCGAGUACACCGAGGCCAGUGGGCCCUGCGUGCUCACUCCACACCGGGACAACCUGCACCAAAUUGAUGCUGUGGACGGGCCAGCUGCCUUCCUGGACAUCCUGGCCCCACCCUACGACCCGGACGACGGCCGGGACUGCCACUAUUACCGUGUGGUGGAGCCCAUCAGACCCAAGGAGGCUUCCGGCUCUGCCUGCGACCUUCCCCGAGAAGUGUGGCUCCUGGAGACACCACAGGCCAACAACUUCUGGUGUGAGGGAGAGCCCUAUCCCCAAGGUCCUACCUUGAAGCUCCUGCCGCCCGGGGAACUGUGGGCCAAAGAUGUACCCUGCCCUGCUCAAGAAAGGCCUGGCUGCCCUCUACCUUCCAUAAGGGCUCUUCUCUCUCUGCCCCCUCACCUGGACCAUGGAUUUACUGGAGUGACCAGCGCCACAUCUUGAGGAACCUUGGGGAACAAGGCCCACUGGAGUACAGCCACCACCGGGCACGGUUAUGGGGGUGGGUGGGCGGAAGGCUAGGUUGAUUCCUGGUAUCGUCAGUGCCACCAAGGCUUUGAUUUAAGGGAACCGGGCAGGGACCCUAAAGCGCUUCCAUCCUAAAGCCAUAACGAAAACAUUUUUGUUUCUCAUUCUCUACAAAAUACACUAAGUAGUUUUGAAUCCCUCUUCCCUUCGAUGACUCAGAGUUGUUUUCUCUCGUGCCCACGAUGGCCCCUUAAUAGUUUAAUUUAUUACUGAUUGUGCAUGACCUUGAAUUGUUUUUGUUUUCUUUUUUUUUUUUAGUUAUUCGUUUGGUUAAAACACACACACACAAACUACUCAGCAUCUAAAGUGAGGAGUUCUGAAAAGACAUCUUUCUAGCACUGGGGUUCACCCUCAUAACUGUGCGGUUGAGGACGAUUUCUUUCCUCCCCUGGCUUGGUAGCCACUUCUGGUGUACUCAGGUAACCUUUAGUAAGAAGCUCACAUAACGUGAAUUCUCUUGUCAGGCCCUUACAGCUCAUCUUUCCCUUGGGUCUCAAGAUCUGUCGUUUAAACAGAUUUUUUUGUUGCUAUUGGGGAUUUGCCUUUAAAGCAAAGACGAUUAUUAUCCUCAGCUGACUUUUUCCUUGACGUGCUUCAAAGAUGAUACAAUAAUUAUGUGUUUUCUAACCAGACGAUUCAGAGGAGCUGAAUCUGCUAUGCUUCCAAAUAACUGAAUGUAAAGGCCCUGGCCACCUGUUGAAUUCCAUACUCGUAUUUACUUCCAGCUUCUUCCUAUGAAAGAAGAGAAAGAUACUCUUGACUGGUUUUUUGGUUUUGGUUUUUGGGGUUUUUUUGCGUUCUCUGCGGAGGGAGCCUGCAGAGGAGCUGUGUGGUUCCAGCUGUGCUGCCGGAGAUAGCGUCCCAGCACUCCCUUAAACAAGAGCCAGUGCUGGCUACUACUGCCUUCUCUUGCAGGAAGAGGUAGAAAGCAUGUAGUACCCUGGAAGGGGCUCUGGAUGUAGGCUGCUGGCUAAGCAAGCAAGAAGCCCUGGGCUUAAUCCUCAGUACCACAUAAACCAAGUGUAGCACACAGCUAUUGGCCCAGCAUUUAGGAAAUAUAGGCAGGAGGAUCAGAAGUCAAGGUCAGACUUGGCUACAUAGUGAAUUUGAGCAGAACCGUGGAUGCAUGAGACACCAUCAUAUAAAUGUGUGUGUAUACAAAACAUAUGAAUAUGUAUAUAUACACAUUUACAUAUGUAUGUACACACACACAUAUGUAAUGGAUACAUGGAAUAGAUGCUUGAGAAUUUAGCCAUUUAGGGCACCAAGAUUGGAGACUAAAACCUAUGCCAACACUUGCAGCAAACCCUAGUGCUGCUGCAGUAUUAUGGCUGGCGGAGGCUCAGUCCCUUUACCAUGUUUACAGAUGUGUCUAUCGAUUCUGGCCAUGGACCACCAGUUUCCCCUGUUUACUAUGUAUAGGAUUCCUUUUUAUCACAGGCCUUUUCAUAAAGACAAACUGUAGAAAUCAAAUGUGCCCAGCUGUCUUCUAAGCUCUCCUGAUGGCUCAUGUGGCAAUAGAAUAUAAUAAUAUCGGCAAUAAAUGGAGACUUACUGUCAUGGGUGACAAGUGUUUGUUGACCUGGUAGGGAAACUGCUUUUGACUCCAUGUAUCCAGGUUACACAUCCAGGCUGAAGGGGUGUCUGUUCCCAGUGCAGUCAUUAAAGUGGUACGAGACAGCAAAUUAUUGAUGGCUUGGCUUGUGGCUUUUUGUUUGUUUCAUUUUGAUAAAAAUGAGAACAGGCCAGUGGAAACCUGCUUUAAACCUGACACAGGAGCAACACCCAAACACGUCCACCAUGGCUGCUAGAGUUCAAUUUCUUUCUGAUCAUGUUCUUUAAAAUGUCUUUGGAUCCUCUCGAAGCAGCUCUUUGAGCCACUCGUAUGAACAUGUAGAUAGGAAGUGAUGGUUUUAGAUUUGACUAUUUUCAUAGAAUGGUAAUAAUGAGUAUGGUUUUCAGCCACAUACAGAUUUUGAAUUGCAGCAAAGGUUGAUUCCUUUACAAGGAUGGUUGAGAGUCAUGUGUACUCUACAGCAUACUCUGGAGGUCCUUUCAUGGAGCCUGUAGAAGUCUAGCCUGGAAUUGGGCUAGUAAUAACAAUUAUUAUGAAGGCCUUCAUUGCAAAAGAAGGAGGGGAAAUAUUAAAGGUUUGUUAUAAGCAGUUUGGAAGGAAAACCUUAAGGUGCUUUUCAAAAGAGUAACGAAAUUGUUCUGAGCUAAAACAGCAAUACUGUGUUCCUCAUUAGUUCAAUAAGAACAGUGAAACUGUCAUUUCACUAAUAAACUGAGUAAACUUACGGUGAAAACAGUAAUACGUUUUAAUGAGCCACUUGAGAAAGAAUAUGCUCGUUACUAAGAUAAAAUGUGCAGAAAAAUCCUUGCACAUCUAUGCAUAACCUACUAGCUAUAACUUCUGCUGUUGUGUUUCCCUGUAGGUCGGCAAUAUAGAUUGUGGUCUAGAAAGUAGGAUAAAAGGUACCUUCUCCUGUCCUUAGCAAAGACCAAUGAGCACAAUGGUGUUAAGUCACUCAACUGUUCUGACGAAUAAUAAAUGCAAUAACUAGAUCCUGGGAGAGACGCUGUCUGUCUGUCUGUCUGUCUGUCUAAAUACACUGAACCUUUUCAACCUUGUAGUUCUAUCAGUGACCAGUUAUAUCGAUAUAAGAUUUUCAUACCUUCCUACUCCUUUGAGAAUUGAUGGGUUUACGACCACAUGCUGCUGAUUACAUUAAAAAACAAAAAAACAACAACAACAAAAAACCUGCCUUUUAGGUAAUGUGUUUUCUAUGUUAAUAGGAGUGAGUUCUCUUGAGUUUUUAACAUGACUGUCAAAAUGUACACCUUCCCUUCCCCCCUCCCUCCUUGCAUUGUUUUGUAGAUUCCUUGAACUUGACAUCUGGGGUGAACCUACCUGCUCUGAUGACAAAUGAGUCAACUGCUUUAGCUCUCCUGUCCUGCCCAGCAGAGAGACAGUUACCCCCACUUGGGCACUCUGCCACUCUCCUGACAGCGUUUGCUGCUCUACCGCAGGCCUGAAUUCAGAGUGUAGGGUUAUACAGAACCCAGAUUGGUCCAUUGCGCUGAGGUUUCUGCUGUCAAAGGAGAUCAUUUCUUAACAAUACCCAGUCUUACAGUGCAGGGGUGUUUACGUUUCUGAGUAAAAUGUGUGUACUUACGGGAAAUAAAAGCAUGUUGAAAAUUA